GUUGGUAUUACAGGACUGCAUCCUACAGGGUUUAUUGUGUAAUUUAUAUUGGUUAAAAUACAGUGACUUUUUAGCAUAGAUUAAUAAGAUAUAAUUGAUAUAAUUGGCAUCUGCAUUGGCACUAGUUACUUCUUCUGUAUGUCUAAGUAACAAUAUUGAGGUGUGGUAUUGCUGCUGCUGCUGCAUAGAACAGCCUUGUCCUAGCUUGUUUUAGUUAGAUGUAAAUCCUCUUUUGAGUACAGUACUCCCAGCCCCCUCAAUGUAUCUCCAGCCAGACCCCGACCUGGCUUGGUUUCCUACCCAUGUCCAGAUUACUGUACUACAAGCCCAAGGCCUUAGGGCCAAGGGAAAACAUGGCACCAGUGAUGCCUACACCUUGAUCCAAAUGGGCAGAGAGAAGUACAGCACCUCAGUGGUAGAGAAGAGCCCAGGUUCCCCGGAGUGGAAGGAGGAAUGUUCCUUUGAAUUGGCCCCUGGGGCCCUUGAAAGAGGGGAGAGCUGCGACCUCCAGCUGAUAGUGAUGCACCGUGCUCUCAUUGGCAUGGACCAGUUCCUGGGUCAAGUCAGCGUUCCGCUACAUCAGGUGUACAGAGAGGGACGUUCCCAGAGGAACCAGUGGUAUAAACUUCACUCAAAAUCUGGCAAAAAGGAAAAGGAGAGAGGGGAGAUCCAAAUAUCUAUCCAGUUCACCCGUAACAAUCUGACUGCUAGCAUGUUUGACCUCUCCAUAAAGGACAAGCCAAAGACGCCCUUUGGGAAGCUAAAGGACAAGAUGAAAAUCAAGAAGCGUUAUGACAUGGAGUCAUCCUCUGCCAUAAUCCCCAGCAGUGUAGGCCGGCUGGAUAGCGACGACGAGACAAAACCAAAGUCCAAAGCAGCUUUAUUCUUUAAAGGGCAUCUACGCAAGAAUUCCCUCACCAAGUCCAACACCUCUCUAGGGUCAGAUAGUACCAUCUCGUCUGCUAGUGGCGUUGUGACCAGCACCUCUGGAAUCUCCAUUGUGUUGCCUGAUGUUGAGAAGAAACCUGCCGCCAGGAACAGCAGCCUCUCUACAGAACCAUCUGUUAAAGAUGAAGAAGCAUCCCCUCGGAUGACUCACAAGAGAGCCUUUAGUGAUGAGGUCAGCAAGCUUAAAAUGUUCCCUGAACCUAAGUUUGUGCAGAACUUGAAUCCAAAAAGCAGCCCCAUCUCAAAAUCCUCUGUUUGUAUCAACGGAAGCCACGUCUAUGCUGAAGUACCAAUGCCAAAGCCGACUGCUAGCUCACUUGAGAAAUCUUCCCUUGCAUCGAGAUCAUUUCAGAACAUAGCUAAGAAAACAGAGGAGGCUCCUCCAACUGAGGGAGCUGGAGGACAACUCCAUGACAAGCCAGAAAAGAAACAAGAGUGGAAGCCAUCUGUCCCUUCUACCCCACCCCACGAAGAGACAAGAAUCUCUGCCAGAAUCAGUGCUCAAAAACCAAAGAUUGAAGAAAUCAGUCAGGAGGGCAAGCCUGUGCAGAUCACCACACCCUUGGUGUUUAUAGAAGACGUGUCUAAGGAUGGGCGGCAAGACAGCAGUGGGAAAGAAGGGAAGAAACCAAAGGUCAAGACUAGCCCUGUGGAGCCGACUAAUGUCACAGCUCAUAUUCCGGCAAGUGCAGAGGAAAAGGGCAAGACAGACAGUUGGUUUAGUUCCAAAAACACCAAGGAAUCAUCACAGAAACCAAGUUUCCCAUCUGGGUCUAUUGAUGCUUCAGAAGCUGCUGAAUGGGGCUCUUCUCUUGUGGAGGAACACAGUCCAUUGGCCUUCUCUCCCCCAGCAAAGAACCAGGUGGAAUCUCCUUACCAGCUUGGCCAUGCUGCUCAGAAUAUGUAUGCUGAGAACCAUAAAUCCCAAUUUGCUGCAAUUUCAAGUCCUCCAGCUUCUCAAAUAACCUCUGAGUUGGAAUUACAGUUUGACGAAUUUGCAUCAAGUCGACUGCAGUCUUCCCCCAGUGCUCAAAGACCCUCAGAAACGGAAGAUCAAAGCUUUGUUUUUGCAACGGAAAAUUUUCUGUAUGAACAAUCUAUUCAAGUUCAGGGGUCAAAGAACAGUAUUGAACAUGAGCUGCAGACAAGUGACCUAAGCUUACCAGACACCAACAAUACUGAAAUUAACAGAAAAUAUAUCAUCCCUGUCUCUCCUGAUCAAUGUUCUCUUUCAUAUUAUGCAUCACACAGCCCUACUGGGGAGUCUGCAAGAAUCAAAACCUUGGCAAAAGAUUCACCGGGACAGAAAGACCUGGAUAGAGAUACCUUAGAAGAGCAGAUAGCAGGGUUUAAAGGUGAAGUGCUGUGGCAUACUGAUGAACAUUUUACUGCUAAAGAGAGAGGGAUACACACAACUGUAAGCAGUAUCCCAGACCAAAACACUUUUGAACAAAUGCCACAGAAUGUUUAUACUUCAAUUGAAAUCCAAUCUAAGGGAUCAGAAUCAAAUGACAAGGUUCUAUCGCACAUAAAUGGAGCAGCUAUUCUAUCUGAAAACAGGAUAGCUGCUGUCUCACCAUUAAUUGUGAAAGGCAUCUAUGAUGUUCCUAAUGGCCUAAUCCUUAGUCAGAAUGACCCAGACCAAAGUAGAGAGUCUAAAAACACAUUUCAUAUAGACAAAACUGCAGAGAAUAGCUGUGUGCACUUUGUAGAGGAUUCACAGUCCUCCAUGAACUCUGAAAAGGACGAAUGCAUGGAGGACAUGUCUAAGAAGUUAUUUUGCUCUGAGGUAGCGGCAGUGUCUCUUUCACAGACUUUGGAUACUGACAGUGUUAAACAGCCAGAUGGCAGCUUACAAAUUGCAAGUGAAUAUCUAAUGGUUCCACCUAAGCCUCCACGCCUGAUGCUUUCAUCUACAUUUGACGAGAAGGCUGUUGACGAUAAUUACAAACAAACAAGUAAUCAAGACCAUAGGAUUAGCAGGGUAUCUCUAGAGAGCCCAGAGGACAAAGUGUAUGCGCAAAACACAGAGGUUGAUAAACAGACUUUCUCUCCUGUGACCUGUUGUCCUGUAAUUGAAGGAAGUUCCAUCAGUGUGGACACCCAAUCCACCACAGAGGAUCUUUUUACUAAUUUAAGGGAAGAAAAUAAUGAUUUGACAAAGCUGGGUACCGCUAAUAGGGAACACCUGUUCAGCGCAAAUGAGACAACCAUGGCUGAGCAAUUCCUGACUUGCCCUUCAAAAGUCUCACUAGACGCAUUAGAUCUUUCAAGUGUUGUUGAAAACUCUAAUAAAUUGGAUGUUUUUAAACAUGGUCCACAAUUUGAGUUAAUGAAUGAUGCCCAGUCAAAACCCUUGAGUUUUCCAUGCUUCAAACAAGAGAUUAAUGAUCAUAAUAUUUUAAAAAACAAGUGUGAGAAAGAGAAUGAAAAUGAAACUCAAAAUUCCAAUUCUUCUAAACAAGUAGACUGUUCUAAUAUACCUUUUUGGUCUGCCCUUGAGGAACAUAUGUCAUACCACCCUAAAGGUAAAUCAGAAUUUUCCAUAGAACAGUUAGAAAUUAUUCAGCCAGAAAGUAAAGCAGUUUUAAAACCCAUCAUAAAUGAGGAAUGUAGAAUUGAAUUAAAACCAGGAAAAAUCUUAGACGUGAAAGCAAAUGUGAUAGAAUAUGGCGAGACACCACAAAAUAAACUGGUUGAAAAUAAUAAAUCUGCAUUAACUUUAAACAUUUUUAGAGAUGACAGCAGAUCCGGACAGUCAAUGAGCCAACAGUCUUCCUGGUCAGCUGAUAUAGUUAUGGACUUUAAAAAUGAAGACUUUUGGAAGUCUGAAUCUGAUCUCUUGAACCUUAGUGAUACAAAGACUGUGCCUUCACCAGGCAAUCCCUUUACACCUCCUGAAAAAUCUCCAUUUCAUAGUCACAAAAAUCCUUUUGUCAAAGACUCAAACGGGAGCCUUAAAAGUGUGAGUUUCAAAGACGUUCAAGCCCAGGCAGUACCCACAGACCCAACUUCCAUCCCCCCACCUGCCAUUAUGAAGUCCCCUUUCCUGCAUGGCAGCCAACCAUUGGCCGUCUCUACACCUUUCCUUGUAGCUGCACCAAACCCUAACUUAUCAAAUAUGCCCUCACCAGUCAUGUCAUCUACCACCUCAGAGGUUACCACCACAACAAAUGCCUAUACAGCAGCGCUCUCCUGCUACCAUUCUCCUACUACCAGUGGUAUGAAAGACUCUACUCUUCCAGUUUUACCCCAGGAGACACAGCCGGCUGAAAAUCCCUUUAUGCCACUUAAAACCAGCCCCCAUCCUGUGAAGCCUAUAACCACCAUUCAUGCUGAUGCAGGUGCUGAGAAGAAGCAGCACAAGCCGGCUUUGAGCACCGCACUCACCAGUGGCCUAGAGAUGCUGAAAUCUGUUACCGGGGGGCAGCUCUCAACUCCAAAAAAACACGAGCAAGACAGGGUCAAGGAUGUCAGUGUUACAGAUGUCGCAGCUAAGUAUUAUCACCUUACCCAUGAUGAGCUCAUCCAGAUGCUGUUGCAGCGUGAAGCGGAGCUUGACACAAAGUCGGAGCAUGUGCGGGAGUUGGAGGACUAUAUUGAUCAGCUGCUGGUGCGCAUCAUAGAUCAAGCACCAACCCUUCUUCAGGUCCCUAUUGAGACAAAGAAGGGCAAGAAUUAAACACUCACCGUAUGACUUGAAUUGAUAUGAUUUGCAGGCAACAGUAUUAUUCCCAGAUUUCCGGCUCUGGUUGGAGACUUGCGACAAAUUGAAUAUCUGUCAACCUUCUCCAAGUCUGCUUAAACAAAGAAAUGGAACCAAAUCAGACUGUGACCAGGCAGAUUGUACCUACUGUAGCUAUUUUACCCUGUUCUUAUGUUGUUGGUGUAUUCUGGCCAGAGUCGACAUCUCAUCUUACAAGUUGUGUUUUAAUUAGGUUUCAGCAAAUAGGUGGAUUUUCCCUUCAUGCAAUUUUUAGUUUUUUUCCAGUGUUGCUUGUAGAAGUGUUGAGAAGGUUAAUGAAAUUUAUUUUAUUUCUCAGGCUGCAUUUCCAUUCCUAAAAUUUCUAUAGUUUAUCAGUCAGGGUAGUAGACAUGAUUUGAGGAAACUUUGUUAUACACAACCACCCACAAUCCGAUUCAUAUGACCAUGAACAUUCAAAUAUUAUUGUGAUGUAAAAUGUCUUCAAUUUAGGGUGUUCCUAACAAAUUAAGCCUGUAUGGAUCAUUAGUGUAAUAUUCCUACAAUAACAAGCAAGUGACAAUUGUCUAGCGUAAUCUGAGUGUCCUCUUUCUAGUGCGAGUCUUCCAGUGUCAUUUUGUGGAGUUAAUGCUGUAAAGUGACGAUACGGGUCAUAACAUAACACUUAAAAAAGGGGGUGAUUGCUUGUGUUAGUGAACAUAGACCAUGUAGUCUCCAUAGGGUUUACAUAUUUUUUCCAUUCUUAUAUCUGCUUAAGCUAUUUUACAAUCUCCAAUUUAUAUCAAUAGCUUUUUUUCCACUAAAAGAUCUUCUUAUGUUGUAAACUUGAUAAGUGAUGGUAACACCAGAAAGCAUUAAAUAAUCUGGUCCUGCAUAUCUGUAGACCGUAUUCUCCUACACAGGACGUAGCAAGACUACUACUGCUUUGUUUAUUUGUAGUAACUGUAUCGUUAUAGGUUUAAUACUUUUGUCGUAUCACAAGACUGCAGACUCUGCAAUAUCUUCGGUCUGAGUUCCCAAAAAGCUGCUUUGACCAAACCAAAAAUAUUUUUAGUUGACUUUGAGAAAUGUAAUCUCUGCUAGAACUAAACCCAAAAGUAAUCUUUGUAAAGUGCCACUUCCAAUGACAAUGUAAUUAGACUGCAUUCACAAGAAAUUCAAUUUUUUUUUUGUGUCUUGCCGUUUUAUAGAAACACAUCAGUAUUGCAGUUAAUAGAGAAUUUAUGUGCCUUCUUUAGUUGGAAAAUGACUGUGCAGCAAUUGUGUAUAAACAAAUUAUACUGAUCAGGGAGCUGUUACACUUGAUCUACGGUAUCAGUAAAAUAACCGGGAAAAAAGGCUGGUACACACUGCCAAAGAAAAGAAAGCCCUGCAGUAUAAUAUUUCUUCGCUUCUGUUUAUUACUUUCUGCCAAACGGAGGUCUUUAUUAAUUGUACUUUGCUUGUGCGCACACUUGCAGGCAGUAUGGUCAUCACAAUAGCACUGUAGUCUGUGGGUUAUCAGUGGAGUAGAGCCUAGAUAUGCAAUAACUUUGCGAUACACAUCCCAACACAACCCCCACCAGUUAAGAAGUCUUCUAUAAGGGUAGACCUUUACUAUCCAAACCAGAUGUUCCUUGCAUAUAUGCUGUGCUGCUGUUUGGUAUCUCCGUUUUGCCAUUAUGCAAUAAAUACAAACAGAACAGUUUACACAUACCAGGAGGGUUUUGAACGAAGUGGUUCUUUUGUGUGAACUUUCGGGUAAUGGUGCUUAAGCGCUUCUUAGCUAAACUAAAAAGCAAAAAUAUAAGUUAAGGAACAGCUAAUAAUUGCAUUAAAUAAAAGGUUAAUAUAGUUGCAUUAAAGCCUCAUGUCCUUGUUUAGGACAUUGUACCAAAGGGAUUCAUUUUUAAAUCCUCACUAGUGUUUUUAUUACUUGCGUGACCAAUAAAGCGUCAUGUUGGUCUCUGAUAAAUGCAAUACAGGGCUUGGUACCUGCCUUGAUCAAGUAUGACAUGUUCUAUCAGACGUGUGCUAAACAAUAACAGAAACGCAACCCCCCUCAACUCAGGUGCGAUAGUCUUCCAGGAAUGGUUAGCAUUGAAACGGUUUAUUACAUUACUAAAACUAUUAAUAAUCCUCUCCCUUUGAGUGACACUAACAAUGUCAUAAUUUUAAGUUUUUGUAUCAAAAAUUUAAAUGUCCAUUACUUCUGGUUCUAAUGAUGCAUUUGACUUUCCUGCUGUUUGCACUUUCUGGGCACUAAACAGGCGAAAUCACGGCCUAGUUUGUAUUUAACACUCAGGAAAUCUUAAGAAACAGCCAUAAGUCAAGGCCUCUUGUUCUGCUUUUAUUUCCUGCUAAAAGCUGGUUACCAGAGACAUGAGGAGACCUUGCCAUUGUACGCUCUUUACCCUAGAACUUGUAUAGUGUCUACAGCAGACAUUCUCAAACUCGGCCCUCCAGAGGUUUUGAAACUACAUUUCCCAUGAUGCUCAGCCAGCAUAUCAGCUGAGCAUCAUGGGAAAUCUAGUUCCUAAACCUCUGGAGUGACAAUUUUUAGGAUGUCUGGUAUACAGUAUCUCUAUCAUCCAAGCCAAGUUAGUUUUCCUUUCCGCUGGCAAGGAAGCCAUUACAGUUCCAUUGCAAGAUCUAUAUGUGUAAAUGGUACUGAGUCACAUGCAGCCAUUUUAUCUCGGUUACCAGCUUGUCCAAAGCAUUUUCAUUUCUAAGCAGCCAUUUUUAACACUGAUAGAUGCAGUCAUCUGUCCACUAGAUAGAGUAUCCUGACCUAUCUCUGGGUUUUGCGCGUAGAAGGUCUCUUACAUAUCACUAGAUGCCCUUACAGGUCUGGGGGACACCGUUUCAGUGUAUAGCUAGAACAGCAAUUGUUUAAUAAGCUUAUUUACUGUUCUGUAUGAGAAUGAUGGACAUAUGUUUGCAAUAUAUUUGGCUUGUACAAUUUCAGUAAUUGCAUCUAACGGACAGUUUACUGAAUUGCAUAACUUUUGCCAACUUCACAAUUUUUGCAGAGCUUAUUGACACCAUAAUUUAGAGCUGUUGUAUACACUCCUAAUCUUACAUAAGUUACUUCAGCAAACCUGUUACACAAUAUGUUACUUAAUACCGUGUCUGCCUAAGGUACUAAACUGACCACAAACAAUGUUGUAUGCUGGAACAGGACAAACUCAAGUUUUUGUUUAAUCUUGUGUAUGUUUGCGUUUGUAUGGAACAAAUUAUUAAUGCAGUUCAGUUUUAUCUGUUAUUUCAAAGUAUGUAUGUAAGUGUGUCUGUGUGUGUGUAUAUAUGUGUAUGUAUAUAUAUGUGUGUGUAUAUAUAUAUAUAUAUAUAUAUAUAUAUAUAUAUAUAUAUAUAUAUAUAUAUAUAUACAUAUACAUAUAUACACACACACACACCAAAUACAAUGAUAUAUUUUAUAAUGUUGCUAUUGUUUAAGAAAGUUCUUGUAUCAUUUUUUGUUUUGUUUUAAAGCACUUUACAAAAUAAUAAAGAGCUAAAUAUU